GCUAAAGAGAACCUAGAUGAUUGGUAAAGUUUUUUGGUGUUUGGUAGCUAAACUUGGUAGCUCUUAUUGAUUCAAUAAUGAGCGACAUGCUUCGUAAGCGCAACGCAUUUUAGCAGCUGUCGUUCGUGGAUGUUUUUGUUUUUGUGGAGACUGGAGCUAUUUUAAGAAAAUAAUAAAGGAGGUUAGGACAACUUAUACGGCCGUGGUUAGGACAACACUUUGUUACGAUGGGUAGAACAGUUGUUGCUGAAAAAUAUUUAGAGUCAGAAGUCAAGACACUUGUGGGUUCUGGAGCGAAGUAUGGUCUCAUUAUUGGUCAGAACACCACAGGCAGGGCAGUUGUGGCCCAUCUAUGCUGCACACCGCCUUCCGAGGCAGCCAGUGAUUCUCCAGUGAAUGACUCUUGGAUCGCCAAACAUGCCAAGCAGGUCAUUCAGCUGCUGCCCGGUGGUAUGGAUAUACUCGGUCUGUUCGUUGUGGCCUCCCCGGAUCUCUUCAAGUCACACGAGACCCAGUUGCGCUCGGCUCUCACUGCCAUCUAUCGGGCGCUAGAGAAACUACCGCAGCUGCAUGAUACGGAGACGGACGAACGGCUCGUGGCACUGCUCGACCCGCGGACGAAAAAGGUGACAUGCCGCUCACUAGAGCUCUCCAGCCUGACCUCGUCCCUCCGACCGGCUGAGUGGCGCUUCCAGGAGUUGCGCUGGCACCGCGCGCAGAGCGCCCUCUCUGUCCAGGUGACGUCCGGAGUGGGCGUCCUGGCGGCCGAGACCAGUCUGCUGCGACAGGUUAUGACAUCUCUAGAGCCGUUUCUCUCGUCCCUGGCGGACGCCAGCUGUCUCGUGGACGGAAAACUGGUCGACGGAGACGCUCUCCUGUCGGGGGAUGACGAGAAACCGGGCAAAUCAGCCGGAAAAACGUUCGCCUUCGAUCUACUCUAUGACACAACGAAGACGCCGCCCAGUGAACAGCUGCUGGAGCCGGUGGAGGCCGUUAUCAGGAUCAACGGGAGGAUCCACUGUCUGGCCUAUCUACACACCAAGGCCACGGUCUCAGAGGCCGCUGCCGCUCUCCGUCGUGACGCCCGACGCUCUCUCGCCGCCCGCUGCCAAAUGCACUGCGAUUCGCUAGUAGAAGAACAACCCUCGGACGAGGCAGCCACGGUCCUUCACGAGCCUCCGCGUCGCGUGCUAGCACCUCUAUCCGGGUCGGCGGUACACGUUAGCGACUAUCUUUAUCCGGGUGAUACUCCAGGAGAUAGUCUUCAGACGCUUUCAGAGCUGUUUGGUCUACAGUUGGAGGUCGAUGAUGUGCUUGAUACGGUGGAGGUCGCCUCGGAGGAGCGCGCUCACUCUGAAUGUUCGUCGGCCGCGGAGGCGCUCGACGAAAUACAGGAGCAGCUUCAGCAGGCUGGCGGCGGCGGAAUCGGCUGUCUCCACCUCCUAUUGGCUGCGGCCAUUGUGGGCGUGGGCAUCCUUGUGUCGUCCCUGCUGCUGAUUGGCCCGCGGCCUCCCGGUACCCAGUGACGUCAACGAACGGCGACCGGUGAUUGGUUGACGAUGAUUUGACGUCAGUGGAGUACAUGAGGUGGGUUUGGAAUGGAAUGUUGAACUUCAUGCUUGGAGGGUGAGAUGUGUGCGUGAUAACGCAAAUAAGAACACAAUUUUAGAGAAGUUAAAUGCUUCGGUGUCAUUUCUCUUCGUCCAAUAACAUCAAACAACGACGACUGACGUGUGAAGUGAGGCAGAUAGCUGGGCGAGUUAAAAGUAACGGAUGAUGCUAGCGGUGAAUGCGGUUGGUUUGGGGCUGUUAUAUAAUUGCUUGAACGGGUGUAUAUUGUUCUGAAGGCAAGCAUUGUGAAUAUUGUGAUUGUGUGUAUGGAACCAAACGUCUUCUUUAACGUAUGAUAAAUUCAUGUUAGAAAUGUAUCGCGAAACCAGUCGUGCUUGUCUACAAUAUUGGACUGAAGUCUGUUACAGCAGGGUUAAAUAACUGUAUGGUAUCACUGUGCUGGCUAUGGUUGCGCUCUGGUGUCUAAAGGACUCGUGAACUUCUCUCGAUGACAAUACGUGACUCGUGUCGGGCGGGAAUGUGACCAAUUUAGACUGUGAUUGAUGCUAUACUUGGAUGGCGAGAACAGUUCUGCGUACGAUUUCAGUAACACAAAAUAUUAAGUUUAAGUUUAAGUUAAAUUUAAGUUUAAGUUUAAGUUAUUUGCUGGCACUUUAGUUUUGAGAGUGAUUGUUUGAAUUCAUCGGCCCAUAGUUCUGAUCAGCAAUCAAGUAAAUGUUGCAGCACAUGAUAUAAACUAUAAAGCUUUGUGAAAGAAGGAUGGCGAAGGAAUCAUUUUAAAAUGUCCUUUGGCAACAUUUAACUUCAUUCCUUUACUCCGAUAAUGCGUAUCCUAAUAUCCAAUGGCCUUCUUUUCGUCUUAUUUCGUUUAUGUGAACUAGGUACUGAAUGAUGUGCUACUGUGUAUACUUUAAAGCUGGCUGGGAGUAACUGCUCUUGCAUUGUGGUGAAAGGUGGUUUUUUGUCAUUGCAUUGAGGAGAUGUCGAAUAUUUAUUUUGCCCUGGGA